AGUUAUAACCAAAGUCUUUGUUAAUUCAAAUAAUAAGACGCAUCAACCAGAAUGUUGCGAAACGUUGCAUCAAAAUUUCACUGUACUGCUACAUCUUAUGAAAAAUUGCACGUGGACUAACUAAUCAAAAGCAGCAUUUUCAUCAAUUAUACUUCAACAACAAUCAAACCAAAUGAUGCAUCCACAUUUCAAUGCAACACCGUAUGGCAUCACCACAUUACCAGCCGAAUAUGCGAAACACGCCCGUCUCUGUCAACCAAUUCAAUCAAUGUUUAGUGCAGGAAAUUCAACAAAAUCAUCCCAUGUUGCCGUUCAAUCGAUUGAACAAUAACUUUAACCAUCAUCCGCAACUGAAUCAAAUUCAAAUGCAACAUCACAAUAACAGCAACAACAACAACAACAAUAAUGGAAAUCAUACAAUGAAUGGAAAGAAUUCUCAGAUGAUGCAGCAGAUGAAGGUGAACGGAAAUUUGCACGAAGAGUAUGACGAAUAUGCCAAUUUGAUAAGCACAGUUGAAUACCGGCACAGUGUCCAAGGAACGCAAGUCGAAAUUGAAGGGCGAACGAGAAAACAAGGACCACAAAGAUGUGGUGGGCCCGGAAUCGUCAAGCCCAUUUAUAACGUCAAUUGAAAUAUCUGCCCAAAGAAAAUCUCGCCAGAUAUUGAUGCACAUCGAAACGCUGUACCGCAUCGUGUUGAAAUUGGAGGAUCUGGAAAAGUUUAUUCGAUCAUAUUCCGGUCGGGGUCGGUUCCAAAGGUAUUAUACCGAUGAAUGCCAAAGAUUUGGAAGAAGCUUUGGAAAUGGGAAUGGACUGGUCGCUGCGAGAAGGAUACGUCUGGGCUGAAGAUAAGGAACAUUGUGAAGAGUAUGGACGCAUGUUGAGUGCCGAUCCGUCAAAGGUCAGUAUGCGUGCAAAGAAGCGAGGUCUACCACAGUUGGGAACAUUGGGUGCAGGGAAUCACUACGCCGAGAUUCAAGUGGUUGACGAAAUCUACGAUAAAUUUGCGGCGAGCAAAAUGGGAAUUGAAGAUAAAGGGCAAGUUUGUGUGAUGAUUCAUUCAGGAAGUCGAGGCUUCGGUCAUCAAGUUGCUACGGAUGCAUUGGUUCAAAUGGAAAAGGCAAUGAAACGUGACAAAAUUGAAACCAACGAUCGACAACUAGCUUGUGCACGGAUCAAAUCCACCGAGGGACAAGACUAUCUAAAGGCCAUGGCUGCUGCAGCAAAUUUCGCUUGGGUUAACCGAAGUUCGAUGACAUUUUUGACUAGACAGGCCUUUGCAAAACAGUUCAAAACUACCCCGGAUGACCUGGAUAUGCAUGUCAUUUACGACGUGUCACAUAACGUUGCCAAAAUUGAAGAGCACAUGGUAGAUGGAAAACAAAAAACGCUUCUAGUCCAUCGAAAAGGCGCUACAAGAGCCUUCCCGCCACAUCACCCAUUGAUACCAGUCGACUAUCAAUUAACUGGUCAGCCAGUGCUGGUUGGUGGCACUAUGGGAACUUUGCAGUUACGUUUUGACGGGAACCGAAAAAGGAAUGAGCGAAACGUUUGGCUCGACGUGUCAUGGAGCGGGAAGAGCUCUGUCGCGCGCCAAGUCACGCAGAAAUUUAGAUUAUUUGGACGUGCUCGAAAAUAUGAAAUCUCUUGGCAUAGCGAUACGCGUUGCAUCACCGAAAUUGGUAAUGGAAGAGGCACCAGAGUCCUAUAAAAAUGUUACCGACGUUGUUGAUACUUGUCAUGCCGCUGGAAUUAACAAAAAAUGCAUUAAGUUGAGACCGAUCGCUGUAAUCAAAGGCUAAAUAAAAUUUUCAUAAUUU